AUGGAAAGAUCUAGAAAAUAUCGUGCUCUUUCUUUAGCUCCUCAUAAACAAAAACAAUAUUUAAUCGAUGUCGAAGAUUUAUUUUCAUCAUUAAAUCAUUCGAUUAGAUUAAAAGGGAAUGAGGGGCCAAAUGAAAUUAAAGAAAAAAGCAAUCAACUGCAGGAAUCAUUAUCAUCAUUAAAAGAAAAGAUUAAAAUGUUGGAUUUUAAUGAAAAAAACAACUGUAUUACACAAGGUGGCAUCACUAUAUUAAUUCAAUGUUUAUGUUUCUGUGGUAAAAAUUCUAUAAAUAAUGACAACAUUAUUGAUAUAUGCCAACAAUUAAUAGAUAAUUCCCAUGAUGCAUCAAGGUUAUUUUGCAAACAAAUUAUUUCACAUUUAUAUAACGAUAUUGAAUGUAUUGGUAUUUCAGAUGUUUUAACUAAAAUCAUCUCAUUUUAUCCUUUAAGAUCUAUAUUUAUUGAGGAUUUAUGUAUACCAAAAUUAUUAGAAAUUUAUUAUAAAUGCUCAUUAGCAUUGGCAAAAUUAAAUUUUAAAACUGACCCAACAAUUUAUAUAAAUACAGUGCCAAAUAUUGAGCAGGGCAAUGGUAAUAAUAUUUCAUCAACAGCAAAUACAGCAAAUACAGCCAAUAAUAAUAAUAGUAUUAAUAAAGAAAAACGUAAUAGCAAUAAUAGUGCUAAUUGUUGCAGCGAAAAUGAAAAUUUUCAUAGUUUUCAAAAUAUCAAUAUACCUUGUUGGAGUGAGGAUGGAACACCUCCACCCGUUCCAAAAGGUUUUUCUUUUGAAAAUAUAUUAACAAGUGUACCCAUACCAAAGCCACAAAAAGAAAGAGAGCAAAUUCUAACAGCUAGAGAUCAUUUACAUCAACCAACUACCCCAACAUCACAAUCAAUAACAUCUCCAAACAACAUAAAUACCAAUCCCACCAAUAAUAGUAAUAAUAACAAUACAACAUUAAAUUCAUCAACGACUACAACCCCAACCCUAUUAUCAAAUUCAAACACUACAACAAACAAACCAACAUCUAUUGGUCAGGUUUCUUCAAUGCAAUAUCAUAACCCAAAUUUAUAUCAAACACCUCCAUUGUUUAAUAGAAAUAGAGGUAAUAAUGAUAGUACCACAUCAAGCCCUUCUGAUAGUCCAUUGAUUAGUGCCUCAACAAUUAACCAUCAUCACCAUCUUCAUAAUCAUCAUUCUCAUCAUACAGCAACACCAACACCAGGACCAACCAAUAGAGUAAUUCCAUUAUUACCAUUAUCAAAUAGCCUAAAUAAUAGUUCGAAUCAAAUAGGGCAUUUAAAUAACACACCUAACAGUGCAGGUACACAUAAUCACACACCAACAUCAUCGUCAUCUCAAAGUGUAUCAUUACCAACAAGUCCACCACUUCACCAAUCAAACAUCAAUGGUGCAACAGGUGGUUUAGCUAAAUUAUCAUUGGGUGGUUUAGGUAAAAUUGCAGUGCCUAAACUUAACUUACCGGUUCGUGUUGAAAAUAAUGCCAGAAUGACAAGAUCAAGUAGAAGAAGAGAAGAUGGCCAGUCAAAUUCAACGAGAUCUCAACCAGGUGAAAACAUAUUAAAAUUUGAAACUAAUGCAACUAAAGAGUUAAUAGAUAUUGCAACUAAAUUGGGUGAGACAUAUAUGACCUCCGAUCUAACAGCAUUAAUUUCUUAUAAACAAGCUAUCGAAUCACACAAACAGUCAAAACGUUCAAUUUCAUCGAGAAGAAAUGACCAACUAUCAAAUAUAAAUAACAGCCAACAAAAUCAACAAGCUCAAUCCUUAAUACAUAAAAAUUCAAACUCAACUCUAUUAUCAGAGUCAAAUCUAUACAGAGUACGUUGUAAUAUUUUAAAAACUUUAAUAUCUUCAACAUCAAAUAACCUAAUGUUGCUACAAUAUGGUAAUAACCCAAUCAAUAUGUUAUACUCUGAAUCAAUUCUUUUGCAUAAGGGAAUAAUACCAUCGGAUCGUGAUCAUUUAAAUCUCUUUUAUAAAUUGGCAAGUCAUUGGUCAGAUUACGUAGAGUACAUCCACCGUAAUAGAUGGUUAGAUUUCACCAAGGAUAUGAAUAUCAAUAGAAAAGCAUCAUAUAGAAAGAAAUUGGAUUUAUUAAUAUGGCGUAUUAAUAGUAGUAUAUCAAGUAUGUUAGAAACCUACAUUUUUGAUGAUUUAGAGUAUCAACUAUGCAUGUUGGCAGAGUAUAUAAAGAAUUGUCCAUCUAGGGUAUUAUCAUAUCAAGUUGUCGAUGUUUGUAUUGAAUCAUUAUUAAAAGUUAAGCAUAGUUUCUUUAGAGGCCCAAUUACACCUGACCGUAUUAAAGAUCUUCAUAUUGUACAUUAUCUUCUUACCGUUUUAGAUGAAGUUAUUAAGCAAAAUAAACAAUCAGCUUUAAAUGACCUGUUUAUUUCAAUAUUUUUAGAACGUGAUGAAUCUUUCCAAUUUAUUAAACAAUAUACCAUCCAAAUUUUAACCAAUGAGUCUAUCGAAAAAGAGUUUCUCAAAUGCUAUCCAAAUGAUCCAAACAAGACAAAGCUUACCGAAUUCAGAUGUCGUGCAAUUAAACAUUUCUCAGUUUGUGUUAAAAUGUUAAAAUUCAAAGAGCAGAAUCUUUCUAAUCAAUACGGUGGCAACAAUGUAAAUAGUAGUAAUGGUUAUAAUAACCAAGUUUCAACCCCACACACUCAACAACAACAACAGCAUCAACAAACAGAGAAUGAAAUUUCAGAUUUGGUAAAGAAAAUGGAGUUUCUUUUAUUACCAGCUCAAGGUAUCAUUUUACCUUUUCUUCAAAGCAGCAACUCUUUUUUCCAGCAUUUUCAUUUAAAAAAGCAAAUGUUAAAGUUUUUAAAUCAUGUAUUUUUAUUUAAAAGAACUCCUUUUACCCGAAAAAAAUUAUAUGUAGAUUCCUAUAUCAGUUAUAUUUAUAUCAGUUUUAUAAAGCUCUAUAAUAAUUAUAUUUUUGAUCAAGCAACAUUAACCCUAUGUAAAUUAUUUUUAAAUAUUUUAAUUUCAUUUUCUGUAAAUAAAAAUGAUAAAAUAUCAAUGAAGUUUUAUCAAUUAAAAAUAUUGGACUUUAUGGUUAGGGAGGUAAAUUUAGAAUAUGAAAUCAAACAAAAUAAAGACCAAUUUUUAAAACCCUUAUCUUCAAUUCCAUUCUUUUCGAGUGAUUGCAGUGAUCAUGGAUCCUCAACCCCACCAACAGCCCAAACAACUCCAGCAGUCACUAAUGUUAAUACAACUGCACCAAACAACUCUAUUUCAACAGGAAAACUUAGCUUAAGUUUAAAUCUCUCAGGCUUACAAAAAGACCAAAAUACAGUGGCUUCUGAUCCUGUUGUCGGGUUGGCCAAACCAAAAGUACCACCACUUUUAAAAUUACCUUUAAAAACUGAUCCAUCUAGCAGCUCAGGAGCACAACUACCAACUAUACCAAAACUUUCAUUACCUGUUGUAAAUAGUAAUAAUGGUAGUGGUACAUCAGAUUCGAAACCUGUAAUACCCAAAUUAGCUUUGGGUGGUGGUAAUGCAACACAAUCAGCUACUGACACAAAACCAGUUGUACCUAAGUUGGCUUUGGGCGGCAAUACAACCACUGCAACUGAUUCAAAACCUGUAAUACCAAAACUAGCGUUAGGUGGUAACAAUACAACUGUAGCAGCCGAGACCAAACCAGUUAUACCUAAAUUGGCUUUAGGUGGUAAUAAUACAACUGUAACAACCGAGCCUAAACCAGUUGUACCUAAGUUGGCUUUAGGCGGUAACGCAACUGUAACAACUGAACCCAAACCAUCCACUGAUACAAAGCCAAUAAUACCAAAACUAGCCUUGGCUAGUAAUACAGCAACAAACCCAGCAAAUGAUUCAAAGCCGGUUAUACCAAAACUAGCUUUAGGUGGCAAUAGUACAACUGUAGCAACCGAACCUAAACCAGUUGUACCUAAAUUAGCUUUAGGAGGCAAUAGUACAGCUGUGGCAACCGAGACCAAACCAGCUAUACCCAAAUUGGCUUUAGGUGGUAAUAAUAAUAAUAAUAAUAAUAAUAAUAAUAAUAAUAAUAAUAAUAAUAAUAAUAAUAAUAAUAAUAAUAGCAAUAAUUCAAAUACACCAGCUCAAACAAAACCAACAGUCAAAUUUGCCUUAAAUCUUUCUACAGUUAGCAAAGGUGGAUCACCAACACUUAAUACAAAUUUAAAUUCAUUAAAUACAAAUAACUCCUCAACAAUUCAAAAUAAUUUACCAAUCAAUAUAUCAGAUUCAAAACCCCCAAUUGGUAAACUUUCAAUAUCAAUUCCAAAAUUAAAACUCCCAGCUAUCAAAGUUAGAGCAGAAGAGGAGGCUCAACAAGCAGGAUCUGGCGUUUUAUCAUCAAUCGAACAAAAAAUUGAUCCACAAGACCCCAAGUUCCAAUUGGUUUUAGAUAAUAUUUCACAAUCAUUAACACCAAGCGCAACUGACAGAGACACUGAACAACAGAAUGAACCAACUGAAAAUGAAAUAUUUAAUGAAAAUCAAAGGUAUCAAAUGGAAAGAAAUAAUAGAAAACUUUAUCACGAUAGAGAUUUACAUAUUUCAUUACUACAAUUAAUUUUCAGUCUCUUAUUAAACUCUAACGAAACUUUAGAGCAUCUUUAUUCCGAUCAGUUCCCAAUUGUUGCAAAAAAAUUAAAUGUACCAUUCAUUUUACAUCUUCAUAUCAAUCAUCACGAUAACGAAAAGAUUAUACCAGAAUUAACAAAAAGAACACACGAAAUGGGACCAAAUCAUUUUAGAAUUCUCAAGCUUCUAUUCAGUCGUUUUUACCACUCUUCACUAUUUAAAGAUUUGAAAAGAGUUGCAAAAGGUGCUUAUGGUACAGUUUAUAAAGGUACACUAGCCAAUGAUGAGGGUUUAGAAAUUGCUGUUAAAUUAAUGCCAGUUCCAAAAACUAUUCACGAUCGUUGUGUACUUUACGAUAUUUUCACAGAAAUUUUAAUUAUGGAUACUUUUAGAGAAGAUUCAAGAGGUUGCCACAUGUUUGAUUAUGGUGUCGAUGGUGAAAAUUAUUGGAUAGUAAUGAAAUCAUACAAAUGUAGUCUUAAAGAAUGGCGUUUAAAACAAACCUUACCUUUCCUCCAACAACUACCACUCUUUUUAAACAUUUAUACUCUAGUUUUGCAAUCAGUACAAUUUUUAGCCGAUCAUAAGAUUAACCAUUUUGAUAUCAAGUGUGAUAACUUUUUAGUGCAUCCAUUAAAGAAAGGUACCAUUGAAGAGGACUUUUGGAGUCAACCAACAAACGAUCCAAACUUUGCUGUUUGCUUAGCAGAUUGGGGUGAGGCCAAGGUAUACACACUCGAUGUUGAGGGUUAUACAACUAGAAACCGUGGUACCGAAUUUAUAAAAUCACCAGAAAUGCUUACAAUAGCCUAUGCCUCUCAAAAGACUAGAGAAAACUUUGAUAGACGUAAAAAGGUUGGUUCAAAUACUGCUAGUGAUGUUUGGUCAUUGGGUUGCUUGUUUUAUGAACUUUUAACUGGUGAUUUCUUAUUUUACGAUAAUGAUUGGGUAAAAUUCUUUAUUCGUGUCACACAACCAGGUCAAGAAUUAAUCACUCCAGAAAGAAAAGCUAAAGUUGCAAAUAUUCCAGCAAUUUUAGAAUUUUUAGACUAUGUAUUUGUUCGUGAUCCAUUCUAUCGUCCAUCAUUACGAGAUAUUUUAACCAAAUUCAACGCCAUUAAACCAGUUAUCCUUCAACAAGUAGAGCAACUUAAAGAAAUAUCAGAGGGCCUUAGUUCAGUUAGUGGAAGCCAACAACCAAAACAAUAUUACAAUGGUGGCGAUGGUACUCGUUAUAAAGGUAAAAAUACUAGAAUCAGUGGUCACUAUACUCCAGGUCGUUUUCUUCCACAUAAUGUAAAUAUCUCAACCAAAGGUGGUACAUUAGCAGCCAAUGCAAAUAACAUCAAACCAAAAGAUUAUAUGGAAGAGGAGAUCCCAUAUGAACCUCCAGAAUUUCCAGAGCAUCGUUUCUAUAUGGAUCGUCCAUCUCAAAUCGCACCAUUUAUGUUCAUUUCAUCUUUUAAUCCAUCAAUGAACAAGAAUAUGUUAAUUAAUGAAUUUCAAAUUACCCAUAUUAUUAAUUGUACUGGUUCUCCCAAUGCCUUCCCUGACCAUUUCGAAUACCUUCAUUUACAACUUCACGAUCAACCAUCGCAAGAUAUAGUCCAAUCUUUAAUGUCAGCAUUCGAUUUUAUUCGUGAUGCAAUUUGUCGUCAUGGUAAGGUUCUAAUUUGUUCAGAUAAAGGUGUAUCACGUUCUUCAUCAUUAGCAAUAGCAUAUUUUAUGGAAUCAAAAUCAAUUAGUUACUUUGAAGCUUUCAUUAUUGUAAGAGAUUGCCGUUAUAUUAUUUCACCAAAUCCUGGCUUUGUCGAACAAUUAUGUCGUUGGGGUAAACAAAGAAGAACACUCAAAGGCUUAGCUGAGUGGAGUGGUGGUGAAACUAAUACUAUUCGUUUCCAAUGUCUUUGUGGAUCUUGUAGUUUCACUCUAUUGGCUCCUUUCGAUAAUCCACCAAGAAAAUGUAACUGUGAAAGCAAUGCCGUAGAUUCCCAAGACUCCUGUCCAAAUAGUCGUUAUGGUUGCUCCAAUUUCCUAAAUGAUAUGAAAAAAUUACAUGAGUAUGAUAAUAACGAUAGUAAAUAUUUAGAAUGGGGAUAUACCAAUACCAUUAAUGUCGUUGGUGAUUAUCAAAGAACCUCUGUAAUUUUUACACCACCAACCAAUACCAAAGUCAAAUCUAUUGGCCCAACCAGUGGUGCCUCUGCAGCCAACUACAGUAUGUUCAAUGGUGGUGUUGCUGGAAAAAAUGAAUUUUGUAAUUCUGGAUGGAGUCUAUUCAAAUGUAAAUUCUGCCAUUUCAUCACUUGUGCAAUUAAAAGUUCAACUACAGGUAUAAACGAAUCAAUUGCAAUUAUAACAAACCAAAAGAAAAAUUAUUUUUGCGAUUAAACAAUUAUAAAUUUAAAAAAUAAAAAUAAAAUUUAUUUUAUAAUUUUUAAAAAGAUUUAAUUUAUACAUU